ACAUACACGAUUUCACAAACAACACUUGAACAAAUAUUUUUAUCAUUCGGAAAAGAAAUUCGUACUAAUUAAUUUUUCUCAAAUAAAACUAAUUCAUAAUGAACACAAUUUUUUGAAAUUACAUAUGGUCUUUUAUAAGUCUUUUUUGUGCUGAAUAAUUAUUUAUUGCUGUUUGCCAAAUAAUUGAUUGAAUAUUUUUACGUUGGCGAACUUAUUCUUCACAUGCUUGAAUUAAUAAACUCGCAAUAUCUAGACAGUCCAGACCGUCAAAAAAAAACACAUUUAAACGUGUUAAGAGAGCACGAACUAGUUAAAACACGUCUGGGGUGUGGGUAUGGAUAUGGUUGUGUAUCUUUCCCAAGCAAACGUUCACAUCCACACCCACAUCCUUCUCUUCCAUCCUUAUAGCCAGCUGAGGCCCAGUCUAGCCAGUUUCAAACGAAUUCCAUAUAAGUUUCUAGGAUUCCAUACGAAUUAUACCCAGCUGAAGCCAAGCCUAGCCAGUUUCACACCAAUUCUAUAUAAAUUUCUAGGAUUCCAUAAGAGUUAUAGCCAGCUGAAGCCAAGCCUAGCCAGUUUCAAACCAAUUCUAUAUAAAUUCCUAAGAUUCCAUAAGAACUAUAACUACCUCAAGCCAAGUCCAGCCAGUUUCAAACUGACUCCAUAUAAAUUCUUAGGAUCCCAUAAGAAUUACAGCCAGCUGAAGCCAAGUCUAGCCAGUUUCAAACCAAUCCCAUAUAAAUUCCUAGGAUUCCAUAAGAAUUGUAGCCAGCUCAAGCCAAUCCGAGCCAGUUUCACACCAAUUCCAUAUCAGUUCCAAGGAUUCUAUACGAAUUGUAGGCAAUACGGUUCAACUCGAGUCAAUUUCAGGUCAAUUCCAUAACAAUUCUUAGGACUUCAUACGAAUUAUAGCCAGCUCAAGCGAAGUCUAGCCAGUUUCAGACCAACUCCAUACCAAUUCCUGGAAUUCCAUACGAAUUUUAGGUAACUCCAGCCAAUUCUAACCAAUUCCAAUUCCUGCAAUUCCUACAAUUCCAAUUCCAACCAAUUCUAAGAAUUGGAAUUGGAAUUGGCGCAUCCCUAAAUAAGACUAUAGUAUUUUCUAAUUGUUAGAAUAAAAAUAACUUCGAUCAAUAUAAUUUCGUAGGUGAACGACGAAAAAUGAAUGCAAAUAACGAUGAUCAUCAUCAUCAUGAAGUUGUUAUCAAUUCUGAUCAUAAUCAUAGUAAAGCAAGCAUAAUGCAAAUUGAUCGAUCAAAAUAUAUAUAUCAUGAUGGUGAAUUUCUUCCCAUCGAUUAUAUUCUUGUAUAUACACGUUAUCAUUCAAGUCAUUUUCGACGAAGUCAUAAAUUUAGAUGUCAACAUGAUCAAUAUAGACAAUAUUUUCAAGAUCGUCUUAGAAGAUUAAGUUUUAUUGUUGUUGAAGAACGAUUAACUGAUGAAGAAAAUGACCUCCUUAAUUUACGUCAAGCUGAAGCAUCACCUGAUAUUAAUGAUAAUAAUAAUAAUGAUGAAAUUAAUCAUGUAUUGGCUCGUAGUUUUUCAACAUUACCACGAUAA